CUUAUCUUGAGAGCCGUCCAUUUAGGUGACCCAUAAUUCAGUGCGAGAGCCAUGGCUACUUGUUAGAAUGGAUUCUGAGAAGAACUCAUUCGGGACGCGACGCACUGCAUGAUUAUCAUCACGGCGGUUGUGACGUAGUGCACUGUAGACGGGACCGCAUGCAGCGUGCUCCGCGCGUGAGCUGAACCAAAACGCUCAUGUGAGGAUGAUGAGGAUGAGGAGGAUGAUGAGGAUGAGGAUGAUGAGGAGGAUGAGGAUGCAUUGAACGGGACAGCCGGCGACGUCAGCGAUCGAUUCUCUGUAGCUCGUUUAUGAUGUGAGACGACCGGCUGCACUUUGCACAGACAGCGGGGAGGAGGACUUGCAUAUCAGCGCGGGAAAAGAAAUAAUAAAAUAAAUCCCGGUAAAGACGCCGCGCGCUCGCGACAAUUAGCUGAAGGAUCCGCAUAUAUAAACAUUAAUGCAUCGCUGAUUUCUCUUCGAGCUUCCAUCGAAGACUGAAGCAUGCGCCAGCUCGCGCUGGACGUCGGGACGCUCGUGACUCUGUGCACGGUGUGCGUGUGCGACGCGUCGCGCGGCUGCGGGGAGAUUCAGUGCGGCGCGCGAGCCAACGGCAGCGCCACGUCGGCGGGCUGCUGCGAUCUGACGACGCGCACCUUCGCCGAGCACGCGAGCUGGCUGGCUCGGAAGCUGUCCGGGCUACUAAUCCUGCUCGCGCUUUUCGCCGUGGGCUACUUCGUGCAGCGGCUCGUGUGCCCGCGUCACCGCCGUCGCGGCCGCGCGCCACCUGAGCCCGAGUCGCUGUUAGGGGCGCGCGCCACCGCGUCGCAGGACACGCUGCUGGAGCGCUUCGAGGACGGCGGAGGAGGAGGAGGAGUGGACGGAGUGGACGGCUUCACGUCGCCCGUGCUGCAGCCGCCGGCCUACGAAGAGGUGAAAGACCUGCCUACGUACGAGGAGAGUGUGCGCGCGGCCGGGGGCAGCGUCAGGCCGGCGGGAGCAGGGCACGAGAGACCGGAAGCUGCCAGGAUUUUCAGAAACUCUGUUUGACGGGCAUUUUCCAUUCUCAAACAACACAACUCAUUUAUCCGAAUUCAAGUGCAAUUAUAAGGGUGGCGGUGUGUUUUAAAUGUAGGUGAGUCGCUCAUGACCCAGAACUUUUGUAGUGCUGUUUGUUUUUAUAUGCUAUUUAUAAGAGAGACUGUCCAGACAGUGGACUGUGCAUGUCUGAGCAUCUGAGCUGGGGGAAGGAUGAGUGAGACUGGUGGAAUAUUUUCAGCAAGUGUAACUGAAAUAAAUAAUCUAACGAAUAUUUACCACUAACAUUAAUCAGUGAUAUGAGAUCUGAGAAACAGAAAUAUUCAUGCAGUUUUAGCUCUUUGGCCGAAGACUGUGAAACUGUCAUAUGCCUAAUACAUGACUAUUUAUUUAUUUAUUUAUUUAUUUUUACACAAUAACUGAGAUGAGAAGCAAAAUAAUCAGCAUGUAUAUGAAAAAAUACUUGUGAUCCGGACUCAGGAUAAAGCAGUAGCCCACUCCAGAACACUCUACAGCUGUGCAGGUGCCUAAAUGUAAGGUACACAUCUGGCAAAGAAAAAAUUGAGGCAUAUAUCAUUCAGUUCCACUGACCUUGAAUUGGCGUAGAAAACCAUACUAAUUAACCAAACUCUGUAUCUUUGGUUAGUGCAGAUGUGCAGCAAAUGCUGAGGAAAGCAGGCCAGGACUUAUAUCAUAUUAUAUCAAUCAGUGUUUAAUAAGGUGUAGUAAAUAGUGUAAGACUAUUCGCUUUCUUUUCAAAACCUUGAUAUUCUAAAAAAUUUUAAAGCGCUUACAUCCCAAGUGCAAUAAAGCAAGUUUUUGUGGAGAAAUAGCCUAUGAUGUUUCUGAUCAAGGCCGGUGGUUUCAUGCAGUUCAUUAAUCCAAUUCCCCGUGUCCUGUAUCAUGUAGCGUUUUGCAAAGUUUGCUUGUAUCCACUAUGACAGGCCAGUAAUGCACAAGGCUUUAACAUAAACACAUUACUCAGAUAUGCGGACAUUAGGUUACUAGAUCUGAUGCAUAAAAAUGGUUUUGGCAAUUAAACGUUGCAAUCCAUAUCAAACUUCCUCUGUAAACUGACAAUUUGUGCCAGCAGUGCAGUUAUUCAAUACGGCUCUAGCUGGUCAAAUAGAGGAAAAAUUGAACCCAGAUCAAUGGGCAUAAUGGAGCAUUAGAAGAGCAGGACUUUGGUGUUCGAGCUGCUUCUGGAGACUCGAUACAAUCGCCUCUAAAAGUGCUUUGAAGAGUGUUUUAAUUAUAAAUUAUAAAUUAGAGCUAUUCUUGCACACACCUUGCUAUGGAUUUCCACAAUUGAACUGACCACCAAAACCUAGUUCAGAGUCUUUGACCUCUAGGAAAAGCGCUAGUGCCCCAGCGGGACGUGUGCACUUAGGACAGGGUUCUACAGAAAGUAAAGGCGUUCCUCGUUGAGUCAUGGUCUGGCAUUUCAAUAGCCAUUCCAUCACUCAUGCAUUAAGACGCUCUUUUCUGACAUUCAAGAGUUCCCAGAAGUGGACUUCUUGUUAAGACUUCCCUCUUACAAGUUUUCACUGAGCACAGAGGAGCAGUGGCACUGCGGAAACGCUAAAGGAGUGGACAGUGCAUGAAUCAAUUGGCAUGACUUUAUUUAUAUAAUAACAGGCUCUACUAACAUUUAUCCCAUCUGAGCAUGUUGUGUGAAGGUUCCCCUUUAAUGAUCGUCCUAUUUAACCUUAAUUCACCCGCUCAUCUGGAUAGAACACUAGCUUGUCCAUAUAAAAACCGUAGUUACUUCAAGAUUCCACAUUAUACCUUUCCUUGAUCAGAGAAUACAGGGGUCAAGAAGUGUGUCAAAUAUGGACAUUUUUCAUAAGGUUUCAUAAGUUCCCUGCAUAUUUUCAAAUUCAGUUAUAUAAUUCAGAACUUACAAGGCAAUAAUCUGAUUAAUGUACAUAAGCAUCAUUAAAGUACUUUGAUAUGUUCAGAAUAUAUAGAGUCUUGCCCUGAUUUUUCAGAACAUCAGGAAUAUCAGAAAUACCAUGCCAUGUAAACAGCUGUCUACUGGUGUACAUUUUAUCAUUUUAAGUCUAAUAAAGACUUCAACAUUUACCUAAAACUUUCCUUCCUGACUACUGGAAGCAUUAUUAUUAUUAUUAUUAUUAUUAUUAUUAUUAUUAUUAUUAUUAUUUCAGAUUUUCAAUUCCACCUGUCACUAAUGUAAACUACAGACAGGUGACAAAUUAAAGGAAAAGUGGUACCAUUGUUAUGCGGUUGGAGGUGGGAGGGCAUUUACUUUUGCUGCCAUGGUUUGGUUCUAUGGUUGCUGCAAAUCAAUACAAAGUUCUUUUGACUGAUCACCUUUAUCCUAUGAUGAAACGUUUCUAUCCAGGAUGCACAGGAUCCACAGAGCACGAGGGUUCACUGAAUUAUUUAUGAGGAUAAAAAAGGUGAGGACACUCCGCACCACCAACUUAGGGAAUAUAUUUUGCAAGAACGGGGUUCGUCACAGUUCCAGUUCCAGAGACUUGUAGAAUCGAUGCCAAUGAGCGUUUAAGCUGUUCAACACCUUACUAUGACACAUUAUGUUGUUGUUUUUAAUGAGUCACAUAUUAUUGUAUGUAUUUCACACUCAGGAUCCAAGACCAUUAUUUUAGGUAGAUAUUACAUAUGUUUUACAAAGUGCACACUGCACCUUUACUCAUUAUUUCUUUUUUUUCCUGCCUCAGUUUUGGUGCACAGUUUGUCUUUGCUUAGUUCAUGCUUCCUCUGUCUUUGCAAGUAAAUGGCAAAAUUUGAACAUUUAAUUGUUUUGCUGCCAGGAUAUAUAAACCGCAUAAUCAAAACAUAUGCACCGUUGGAAAAUUGGCCGUAUUUGAAUGAUCACAUGCUAAAUAUUUAACUUUGGCAUAAGCUGUGCUGUUUUCAUGGUGUUUAUACUUUCAGGAGCUGAUCUCUCUGUAUUCACAGUAAGUCUGUUUUUUUACUGAUAUACAUCUAAAUUGUGUAGAUCAACACUGGACAAUUUACACAUGAUUCAGACCAGAUGAGAAAAAAAAAUCAACAUCUGGAUUUGGAUUUGGGGGAUUUACUGUAAAAGCAUUGAUUUACAGAAGGAAGGAGUUUUUAAUGUUACUAGAAAUAGAUAAAUGUUAAAAAAAGAUCCAGAUGUGGUGAUGAAGACUAGCAGUUUCCAUGAUGUUUACACUGUACAAUUAUCGUCACGAUUUUGCUGCUAUGGACAAACAUAGUACAUAGUACAAUAACUUGUUGGUUGUGGAGGUAAGAUCGGAGGUCAUAAUGUGACGUGCUCACCAACGACCAAAUUGUGAACAAAGAUGGCCAAUGACAAAGUUCUAUCAGUGUCAGCGGUGCUACGAUGUUUGUCAAAAAGCCACUGAUAGGAGGAUCGCAUCGAAUUACACAAAUCUCUCAGAAUAGCUACAAACACGAUAGCUACAAAUAUGAAACGUAAACAAGACAUAGUAAGGGACAGAAAUAAACAGCCUUAUGACCUCAAGCUCACUUUGGAGAAUGUUUCCGUUCAUGUGGCCCCAUUUUCUGAACGAGUUCAGAUUAUGACAAUUGACAAUGACAAUUUAUUUAUAUAGCACAAUUAAUUACGUUGACCAAUGUGCUUUCCAGCAAGUCACCAUAAACAGAAAAACACAACAAACAACAGAAAAGUUAUAAAAUCACACAAAUAUCCCAUCAGCCAUACACUUUAGAAAAUAAAAAUGUCUUUAGCCUGGACUCAAAAAUAUUAAGAGAAGAAGCUUGUCUAAUGGAUAGUGGCAAGAUUAAUGACAUAAGCAGAACGUAGUACUUUUCUUUAAACCACGUCUAUCGUUGGAGGAUCUUCACUGUAUAAUCUGACAUGGAGUACGUUUUCACACAGGCUGUUAUAUAAUGCAGCCAAGAUUUUAUUGGGGUCAUCUUGUACUUUUUGACAAGGAAUAAUCUAAAAAGCCUGCUUCACACGGUCUAAAACUGGCUUAUAGUUUAACAUUUGCAGUGCUGCAAUAAUGUAUGGCUAGUAAAGUAGAUAUCCUGAUAUAACAACCAAAACUUUUGUGUAGUUUUCAGUGACCUUUUUUAUUUUUUUUACUGCCAAGUUGAUACGUAAUAAAAGUGACAAGAAAAUGAUGUUUCAGAGAAAAAUAUGUUUGCUGUUUCUCAGACGUCUCUAUUUAACAUGCCUGGAAUCUAUCACUUAUUAAAAUCUAAGCACUAGACUGUCCCUUGAAAGAAAAUCAGAGAUUAAUAUCUAACGAUCGGCACGGAAGCAAUAGAGCUUGAUGACAGCGAGUCUGGAGUACAAGACAGACCGCAAAUCCUUGGCUGUAACUCACUUAAAAUGACGAACCUGAUGGAAGCCAUUAGUUUUAUGAUACGUCAUGGAUUGGCUAAGUACAUGUCAAUGCAGAGCCCUCUUCACAUGGAAUGAACGAAGCAAACAGUUAUGGACAGGAAAAAAGAAACAAUUGACCGGAAGAUGGGUGGAGAUAUUAAAAAGGGAGAGAUAUGAGAAAAACCGAUGGAAGGAGCCAAGGCUGUAAAUCAAAGAGCUGUUUAUUGACCAUGACAGUUAAGAG